AGGUUUUCCGUGCAGGUAUAUAACACCCAGUAAACCUACAGAACAUCAGUACUGUGUGAGAAUUCGUCAAGAGCAGUCGGUGUUACACGCUUAGUAAGCAUCUUUGGUGUAGCUCUCAAUUGAUUGUUUCUCGCAAUAACUGCGACGAGUGGAGGACGGUGCGCGUCCACCUUAGGAUAACGUGUUUCAAUUUUGGUUUGAUGCCGUUAAAUUUGGUUUAAAGUUUCAAAUAACUUUUGGCACUGUAUUGAGAAUUCGGUGAAUAAUAUACACCAGAUUUAUGCCUAGUAUGGUAAUAAUAACAAAGUUUCGCAAGAUUGUUCCGCGAAUACGAUAGGAAAAAGUCUAGGGGAGGAGAGAGCGAGAUAGAAAUACGGAACUCGGCCCCUCCGCACAGCCGAAAGAACAGUAAAAAUGCCAGCGCAGACAGACGACGCCGACAACGAGAUACGGGUGAAAAUCGUUCACAACGGGGAGGUGCAAAUCACGUACGUUGCCGCGGGCUUUGGAAUGUCGAUGGAUGCUCUUCGCGAAGAAAUGCGUGGAAUUUGUGGAUUCGGAGCCGGAUCUCGAUGGGAUCAACUCCAACACGACCAAUUUACAAUGAAAUGGGUGGACGAGGAAGGUGAUCCCUGUACGAUAGGGUCACAAUUGGAACUGGAUGAGGCCCUACGUUUGUACGAGCUCAACAAAGACACGGAAAUUACGAUACACGUUUUCCCGAAUGUACCUGCCGCGCCAGGAAUGCCAUGUGAGGGAGAGGACAGGAGUAUCUACAGACGCGGAGCACGCAGGUGGAGAAAACUUUAUCGUGUCAAUGGUCACAUAUUUCAGGCGAAACGUUUCAACCGGCGAGCGUUUUGCGCGUUUUGCCAAGAUCGGAUCUGGGGAUUGGGAAGGCAAGGUUUCAAAUGUAUUCAGUGCAAACUUCUCGUUCACAAAAAGUGCCAUAAGGUAGUUGGUAAGCCAUGUUCCAGCCUACACUCGUUGCAAAUAGCGGAAUCACUCGCAUCGGAUAGAGACGGUGACCAACAACAGUCGGAUUCUAAUCAUUGCCCUCCUGCGGUACCACCAUAUGAGGAAUUUCCGGAACUGGCAACGGUCGACGACCAUUCUCGCAACCGGGUUCCCGGCGACGAGGGCGAAGAAUUACCCCUGGAAGCCGGCGCGGGUGUGGACAACAUGCGCGAAAUGCAAAGGCAAUAUUCGUUGAGUGACUUCGAACUGAUUAGAGUUAUCGGUCGUGGUUCUUACGCGAAGGUAUUGCUGGUUGAGUUGAAACGCACGCGGCGAAUUUACGCCAUGAAAGUUAUUAAAAAAGCAUUGGUAACGGACGACGAAGAUAUCGACUGGGUACAAACGGAAAAACACGUUUUUGAGACUGCUUCGAAUCACCCGUUCCUCGUUGGUCUUCAUUCUUGUUUCCAAACUCCAUCUCGCCUUUUUUUUGUCAUUGAAUUCGUUCGCGGUGGCGACCUCAUGUUCCACAUGCAAAGGCAACGACGUCUACCCGAAGAACACGCUCGAUUUUACGCCGCUGAGAUUAGCCUGGCUCUCAAUUUUCUGCAUCGAAAAGGAAUAAUUUACCGAGAUCUGAAACUGGAUAACGUGCUAUUAGACCACGAGGGUCACGUCAAAUUAACCGACUAUGGAAUGUGCAAGGAGGGGGUAAGGGAGGGUGAUACAACAGCUACAUUUUGUGGAACGCCGAACUACAUAGCACCGGAAAUUUUGCGAGGGGAAGAUUAUAGUUUCUCUGUCGAUUGGUGGGCGCUCGGAGUACUGCUUUACGAAAUGCUGGCCGGCCGUAGUCCGUUCGAUAUAGCUGGGGCUUCCGAAAAUCCAGAUCAAAAUACGGAAGAUUACCUCUUCCAAGUCAUUUUACAGAAAACAAUCCGCAUACCGAGAUCACUCUCUGUCAAGGCAGCUUCCGUUCUGAAAGGAUUCCUCGGUAAAGACCCUGCGGAACGAUUGGGAUGCGGUUCUUCCGGAUUCUUGGACAUCGCUGGACACUCGUUCUUCAAGGCCAUUGAUUGGGAUGUGUUGGAAAAAAAACAAGUAACUCCGCCCUACAAACCAAGAUUAGAUUCUGACAGAGAUUUGGCAAACUUUCCACCAGAAUUUACCGACGAACCCGUCCACCUGACGCCCGAUGACGCGAGAGUGAUAGAUAAGAUCGAUCAAAGUGAAUUCGAAGGGUUCGAGUACGUGAAUCCGCUACUGAUGUCCCUGGAAGACUGCGUGUGACGAAAACCACUUUUCUUCCUGCAAACAGGACUGCAGCGACCCCGAUUCAUUCAUGACUCGCAGGAUAGGUCAGCAACGUUUCAGCUCCCAACUCUACCCCACAUGACGUCCGACUGUCGCGUCGUCAUCGUUAUCGCAAUCCGAACAAUAUGAUAAUGAUGCCGUUCUGCCGAAAGAACUAACAUAUAGUUGCGUAUUUCAAAGACUCAAGUAAAAUGCUGAAAUCGCCGACCUCAUAGAGUAUCUGAUCGAUGAUAAAAAAAACCACUAAAUACAAGAGACAAUAUUGAUGCUAACGAAUUCAAAAAUUCUAAAAGUUGAUCAUAAACAAUUCUGAAGGUUCCUGAGAAAUCUCGAGUGUUCAAGCGGGAUGAAAUAAUGAAAUUCGUAAAAAAUAUUCAGCUUCAAAGGUUGGUAUCCACAUUCGUUUUCACCAAUUACUCAAUUAUUCUGAAUUCUUGUUUCUCGGUGAUUGAAGGUUAUUCUUGUAUUUGGAAUAUGUGGCGCUCUUAGAUGUGACGAAAUCACGAACCGCAGAGUGCGGGAUAUCGAAAGUGUUGGGAACGGGUAUCUCGUUUUAAUCAACCAAACUGAACCUAUAAGCUUCGCUAAUUUAUAAUCGGAGAACGGUUUUAUGGCAAAAUUGAGCAAUACACUUCAAUGAGACCAAAUGAAUCACUCGCCGAUAGAUUUUCCAUCCAGUAUGCCAAUGUAAAAUAUGAACGUCGAGUCAUUGGCAGCAAUAUAAUUCGAGAAACACCUCAAUCUAUAGCUUCAUAUUUGAACUAACUGGAUCCCAAACUGAGCAACGCUUUUAUUCGACCGUGAGAGUGGAAAUCAUCCCAUAUAGUACAGGGCUGCUUUUCCAUUCAUUUAAUUAGAUUAUAGAUAUUGCCCGUACGUUACAAAUAAUUUGAAUGUACGUACUCGAAUCUAAUUCUUCAUCGGAUAUUCGAAUGGUACUUGUUUUUUCAUAAAUAUCUUAUUCACGAAUACUUUACUCAUUUACAGGUGAUGACGAACAUUCGAUGGAAAAGAAGCAAAAAAUUCAUGAGCGCAGAAGUCACGCAGCUGUGUCUGAUGCUCUAUCUCAGUCUCAACCACAGACUAGACAUGUUCAACUAACAAUGAAAUAACAAUUGCAACCUACUGUUACGUCGUGAGGUUAUUCAUCUGUCUACCGGGUUAUCGACCGAGUUCGGACGUGAAAAUGUUGCAGAGGUUCUGCCCUUUCUAUCUUUCGAGUCUGUGAUGGUCAAUUCGUCUGGUCGAUACGUUAACACACAACCGAUUUACCACGUUACCGUAGUUAGUUAGGCUUGUCAGCAGCCUACUACUGUUCACAGUUGGAAUAAAAGGGUGUUAUCGAUGGUAAUUGAAAACAGUAUUUAUUCGUUCGUUUCAGAAUUAAUGUUCCUCAAUCAUGAAAAUGAUUGGUAUCGUUCUACAACAAAAAUAAGAAAAUCAGUUUCAAAACUGAGUUGAGAGUUACGGGGUAAAAACAGGAUUUUGAAUUUUGCUGAUCACAGAUUUCCGUGUUAAUUAGAGUUUAAAAAUGAUCAUCCGAAAAUGAGUCUUCGAGGGAUGAUAGUUCAAUAAGAUGAGUAUUCAAAAAAAAAUGAAAGACGGUGGAGCAUGAUGCUGGGUUUUAUAUGACUUCAUUUGGUGCGGCUUCCAGAGGAGUUAAUUUUUAAAU